GAAUCGCUCGGUUGUCUAACACGGAAUCUCAAGAUGGCGUCGAGUGGAGGAGAUGGAGAACCGGACUGGGCUGCUGAUGUACGGCCGCUUUUAUCAGCUUCGUACACCGCCUUUGAAACGAAAGAGCUACCUCAGCUCAUAGGAUCAAUAAUAAACAGUGAAUCUGAGAUCCUACACCAUGAUAAACAGUAUGAGCCAUUCUACUCGUCCUUCGUGGCGCUCUCCGCUCAUUACAUCACCACAGUCUGUGGACAAAUCCCCAGAAACCAGUUGCUGUCAGUAGCAGCAGCCUGUAAAGUAUUGAUUGAGUUCUCACUGCUGCGGCUGGAGAACCCUGACGAAGCAUGCGCAGUCUCACAGAAACACCUGAUCCUCUUAAUAAAGGGGUUGUGUACCGGCUGCAGCCGCCUGGACAGAACUGAGAUCAUCACCUUCACAGCCAUGAUGAAGUCGGCCAAACUUCCCCAGACCGUUAAGACACUCUCCGACGUGGAGGACCAGAAGGAGGUGCUGUCUCCAGUGAACCCUGAGCUGCGACACAAGGAAGUGCAGAUGAACUUCUUCAAUCAGCUGACCUCCGUGUUCAAUCCUGACCUCACCGUGCUGGCCUCUCCCUCAGGACGCACACAGGCGGAGAGUGAGAGUGAGGACCAGGCGACGACAGACCAGACCUUCCAGGCCAAAAUGAAGAAUGCCUUUGUGUCCCAGAAUGUGUCCAGUCUCCAGGAAUUGGGCGGGUCGGAGAAGUUGCUGCGUGUCUGCCUCAACCUCCCUUACUUCCUGCGCUAUAUCAACCGGUUCCAGGACGCCGUCUCGGCCAACUCCUUCUUCAUCAUGCCCGCCACCGUCGGAGAUGCAACUGCUGUCCGCAACGGGUUCCACUCCCUGGUGAUAGAUGUGGCCAUGGCCCGGGACACCUUGUCCUUGCCUGUCCUGGAGCCCCUGACUCCUGGGAGACUUCUGGACAUGACUGUGUUGGCUCUUAGCUGCCUCUACGCAGGUGUGAGCGUUGCCACGUGCAUGGCCAUUCUGCAGGUGGGCAGCGGCCUGCAGCUUCGCACAGCCUCCACCAGCUCCAAAGAGGAGGACUAUGAAAAUGACGCAGCUACCAUCGUACAGAAAUGUCUGGACAUCUACGAAAUGAUCGGCCAGGCCAUCAGUAGCUCCCGCAGAGCCGGAGGGGAGCAUUACCAGAACUUCCAGCUGCUGGGAGCGUGGUGUCUGCUGAACAGCCUCUACCUGAUCCUCAACCUGAGUCCCACGACCCUGGCUGACAAGGGCAAGGAGAAGGACCCUCUGGCCGCGCUCAGGGUCCGAGACAUAGCCGCCCGCACCAAGGACGGAGCAGGCUCCCCUAAACUGGGCCCGGCCAAAGGACAUCAAGGCUUUGGUGUCCUGUCCGUGAUCCUGGCGAACCACUCCAUCAAACUGCUCACCUCCCUUUUCCAAGACCUGCAGGUGGAGGCUCUGCACCGGGUCAGUGCAGGUUGGGCCAGUGACGGUCCCCCAGCAGAACUCAACAUCAUGGCGCAGAACACCUCCACCCAGAGGGUUCAGAGACUCCUGGACUCUGUUCCCCUUACCAACCUGCUGUUCAACCUUCUGUCCACCUCAUACAAGAAGGCCUGUGUCCUGCAGCGUCAGAGGAAAGGCUCGGUUAGCAGUGAUGCCAGUGCCUCGACAGACUCCAACACCUACUAUGAAGAUGACUUCAGCAGCACAGAGGAAGACAGCAGUCAAGAUGACGACAGCGAGCCCAUCUUGGGCCUGUGGUUCGAGGAGACCAUCUCGCCAACUAAAGACAAGGUGGCUCCCCCACCACCUCCCCCACCCCCGCCCCUGGAGACCUCUCCCAGACUGAAGAGCCCCUCCAAGCAGAACGCAGGAGAGAACGGGAACAUCCUGGCCGGACGCAAGGACCCCGAGCUGUUCCUGAGCCUGGCCUCCAGCAUCCUGAACUUCAUCACCACCUCCAUGCUAAAAUCCAGGAACAACUUCAUCAGGAACUACCUGUCUGUCUCCCUGACAGAACAGCACAUGGCCACGCUGGCCAGCAUCAUCAAGGACGUAGACAAAGACGUCAAAGGUUCCUCAGAUGAAGAGUUUGCCUCUGCUCUGUAUCUCUUCAACCAUACGCUAGUGACAUCAGACCUACCCUCUCCAGCCCUGCAGAAUACCCUGCUGCAGCAGUUGGGCGUAGCUCCGUUCUCUGAGGGUCCGUGGCCGUUGUACAUCAACCCCCAGUCCCUGUCGGUGCUCUCCAGAGUCCUGCUCAUCUGGCAGCACAAGGCCUCUCUGCAGGGAGACCCAGACGUACCUGAGUGUAUAACGAUCUGGGAGAGGUUUGUGGGCACCUUGAAGCAGCACACCAUCCAGGGGUCUGUCCCCGGAGAUGAGGACCUGAAUGUGGAGCACCUCCAGCUCCUGCUGCUCCUCUUCCACAACCUGUCUGAGAGGGGGAGGCGUGCCGUGCUCACCCUGGUCACCCAGGCCAUCACAGAGGUGGCGGGUCCCCAGCAUCAGGAGGCCCAGCUCAAAGCCGUACCCCUCAACCUGGCCCGCAUACUGCUGGUUCUAGACUACCUGUUGCACCAGUACUCUAAGGUUCCUAUGUACCUCUUCCAACAGGUCCAGUACAAUCUGCUGACCCCUCCGUGGUCAGGCCAGGGUUCAGUCCAGGACGGAUCCAAACGCAGCGCCCUGCCGCUCUACUGCGGCUUUAAAGAGGUGGAGGAGAACUGGUCUAAGCACUGCUCGGCAGGUAGGAGUAAGUCAAAGCCUUUCUUGUGUUUUUUGUAUUUUGUCCAGGUGUUCCAGAAGCUGUUCAACGGAGUGGUGAAGUAUAAUGAGCUUUACGCCUGUCUGGUCUCCCUGCUCUCUGCCGGCUCUCAGUUUGAUACAGCCAGGAGACAGGAGAACAAGCCCAUCACACCUAUGGAGGCAUGCUCCCUGCAGUACUACUUCCUGGUGCUGUGGAGGAUCCUGGGGGUCCUACCCCCCUCUAAGGCAUACAUGGAGCAGCUGAAGGAUGGCCAAGGAGAACCCAGCGAGAGUGACAUCCUCCACACCCUGCGCUGGUCCUCACGACUCAGAGUCCCCACAUAUGUCAACUGGAUCAAGGAGCAUCUGGUGACUCAGGGGAUGAAGGGAGACCAAGCUACGUCUCUGAUCGAGGUGGCUUCCUCCAGAUGCAGCACCGUCAAGUAUGACGUGGAGCUGGCUGAAGAGUACAUCGCUAGACAGAUCUCAGCGUUCUCCUGUGUGGACCCCAGCUCCAUCCUGCCCUUGUACCAGGUCCCCUCCCUACAGGCCAUCUAUACUCUGGACGCUGUCAUCUCCAAGGUCCAGGUGUCUCUGGACGAACAUUUCUCCAAGGUAGCGGCGGAGACGGACCCUCUCAAGCCCUCGGAGAUCACCAAAAACCUGCUGCCUGCUACACUGCAGCUCAUAGACGUGUACACAGCCUUCACCAGGUCCUACCUUCUGAUGAGCCUACCAGAGGAAGGAGAGAACAAGCUAUCGGAGGCUAAACUUCAGGGUUACGCAGCAGUACUGUCUAUAGGCUCCAUGCGCUGCAAAGCCAACCUGCUCGGUCAGAAUGUGAUGCAGAACCUUCCGUCGGCCGUGCAGACGCUGUGUGAGACGUGGAGCAACAUCAACACCAACGAGUUCCCUAACAUCGGCUCAUGGCGUAAUGCGUUCGCCAACGACACCAUCCCGUCCGAGAGCUACAUCAGUGCCAUCCAGACGGCUCAUCUGGGCACGCUCAGUAACCAGUCCCUGGCUCUGGCCUCGUCUCUCAAACACCUCCUCCUCUCUCUGGUCCGCCUCACCGGAGACCUCAUUGUGACUGAGGAGUUGAACCCUCCCCAGGUGGUACAUGCCCUGCUCCCCCUUCUCUUGGAGAGCAGCACGGAGAGCGUAGCUGAGAUCUGCUUGACCUCUCUGGAGCGUAUUCUGGGCCCCGCUGAGUCAGACACCUUCCUGUCCCACGUCUACCAGAGACUGGUCACAGGAUGCUACAACAUCAUCGCCAACCACUCCGACCCCAACAGUGGUCUGGAUGAGUCUGUGUUGGAGGAGUGUCUGCAGUAUCUGGAGAGGCAGCUGGAGAGCAGCCAAAUGUGCAAGGCCAUGGAGGACUUCUUCUCCUGCAGUGGAGAACUGGUUCAGAUCAUGAUGGCUACAGCCAAUGAAAACCUAUCUGCUAAAUUCUGCAACCGGGUGCUGAAAUUCUUCACCAAACUCUUCCAGCUCACGGAGAAGAGUCCCAACCCCAGCCUGUUGUGUCUGUGCGGCUCCCUGGCCCAGCUGGCGUGUGUGGAGCCGUCCAGGCUGCAGUCGUGGCUCAGCCGCAUGACGGCCACGCCACCCAAGGACUCGGAGCAUCUGGAGACGGUGCAGGAGAACAGGGCGCUGCUACAGGUGCUCACCACGCACAUUGUCAGGGACAACAGCCAGGUGGGCGAGGGCGUGUGCACCGUCCUGCUCUCCACCCUCAUCCCCAUGGCAACGGAUAUGCUGGCCAAUGGGGACGGCGCUGGCUUCCCGGAACUCAUGGUGAUCAUGGCGACCCUAGCCAGCGCCGGUCAGGGGGCGGGGCAUCUGCAGCUGCAUCGCGCCGCCAUCGAUUGGCUGACCAGAUGCAAAAAGUACCUGACCCAGAAAAACGUUGUGGAGAAAGUGAGCGCAAACGUGUCCCAGGGCAAACAUGCCAGCAUACUAGAGUGCUCCUGCCAUAUCAUCUCCUACCUGGCUGAUGUGAUGAACGCCCUGAGACAGAGCAGUGGCCAGGGCUCCUCCGUGCUGCUGGUUGAUGGAGAGGAGAAGGCUGUAGAGGUGGACUCGGACUGGGUUGACGAGUUGGCUGUGGAGGACGAUGACUCACAGGCUGAGGACUCUGAUGAAGACUCCCAGUGCAAUAAGCUGUGUACCUUCACCAUCACCCAGAAGGAGUUCAUGAACCAGCAUUGGUACCACUGUCACACGUGUAAGAUGCUGGACGGGGUAGGUGUGUGUACAGUGUGCGCCAAGGUCUGUCACAAAGACCAUGAGAUCUCCUAUGCCAAAUACGGUUCUUUCUUCUGUGACUGCGGGGCCAAGGAGGACGGUACCUGUCAGGCCCUGGUGAAGCGCAGCCCCAGCAGCGGCACCAUGAAGGAGUCCUCAGCCUUCCAGAGUGAACUGAGGAUGCCUGAGAGUGCCAUUCGUCAUCAGAGCAGCCUGGGCUCCAGCGACAAAGACAAGGUGACCAUCUGUGAGGGCAAGCCUGGAGACGAGGACCGUCCCAAGAAGAGCAGCGUCUGUAAGAACAUCGAGGGAUGUCAGGAGGAACUGCUGGCACAAGUGUCUGGCUCCUCCACGGCGGCCGUGGUUCUGGAGAUGUUGAUCUUCCUAAUGGAUGCCAUCCAGACUAACUUCCAGCAGGCCUCCGCUGUAGGCAGCAGCAGCCGAGCUCAGCAGGCCCUCAACGAGCUACACACUCAGGACAAGAGUGUUGAGAUGACUGACCAACUGAUGGUCCCUACCCUUGGUUCCCAGGAGGGAGCUUUUGAGAACGUGCGUAUGAACUACAGUGGAGACCAGGGCCAGACCAUCAGACAGCUCAUCAGUGCCCACGUGCUGCGACGCGUCGCCAUGUGUGUGUUGUCUUCGCCCCACGGGCGCCGCCAGCACCUCGCCGUCAGCCACGAGAAGGGCAAGAUCACCGUCCUGCAGCUGUCGGCUCUACUGAAGCAGGCCGAUUCCAGUAAGAGGAAGUUAACCCUGACUCGUCUGGCCUCGGCCCCCGUCCCCUUCACCGUGCUCAGCCUCACUGGGAACCCCUGCAACGAAGACUAUCUGGCUGUCUGUGGACUCAAGGACUGCCACGUGCUGACGUUCAGUAGUACAGGGUCAGUUUCAGAACACCUGGUGCUGCACCCUCAGCUGGCUACUGGGAACUUCAUAAUCAAGGCAAUCUGGCUGCCUGGCUCCCAGACGGAGCUGGCCAUCAUCACGGCGGACUUCGUCAAGAUCUAUGACCUGUCAGUGGACGCUCUGAGCCCUGUGUACUACUUCCUGCUGCCGAGCUCCAAGAUCCGUGACGCCACCUUCCUGUUCAACGAGGAAGGGAAGAGCAUCAUCGUCAUCAUGUCCUCUGCUGGCUACAUGUACACACAGGUCAUGGAUGAGUCUUCCAGCGCCCAACACGGACCCUUCUAUGUUACCUCAGUCCUGGAGAUCAGCCACCAGGACCUAAAGGACAGUAACGGUCAGAUUGCUGGCGGCGGUGUAUCGGUGUACUACAGCCACGUUCUCCAGAUGCUGUUCUUCAGCUACAGCCAGGGCAAGUCGUUCGCUGCAACCGUCAGUCGCAGCGCCACCGACGUACAGAGACUCUUCACCAUCACCGUCAAAGGCUCUAAUGGGGGCAGUAAGACGUCUCCAGCUCUGUGCCAGUGGUCUGAGGUGAUGAACCACCCAGGCCUGGUGUGCUGCGUCCAGCAGACUACUGGUAUCCCUCUGGUCAUCAUGGUCAAACCUGACACCUUCCUCAUCCAGGAGAUCAAGACCCUGCCCGCUAAGGCUAAGAUCCAGGACAUGGUAGCUAUCCGUCACACAGCGUCUAACGAGCAGCAGCGAACCACCAUGAUCCUGCUGUGUGAGGACGGCUCUCUGAGGAUCUACAUGGCUAACGUAGACAACACCUCCUAUUGGCUCCAGCCCUCCCUGCAGCCCUGCUCCGGCAUCUCCAUCAUGAAGCCUGUCAGGAAACGCAAGGCUGCUGCUGCAACCACUCGUACCUCCAGUCAGGUGACCUUCCCGGUGGACUUUUUCGAGAGUAACCAACAGCUGACGGAGGUGGAGUUUGGAGGCAACGACCUCCUGCAGGUUUACAACGGACAGCAGAUCAAACACAGACUCAACUCCACUGGGAUGUAUGUCGCCAACACUAAGCCGGGAGGCUUCACCGUGGAGACGGUCAACAACAACAUCUCCAUGGUGAUGACAGGCAUGCGGGUGCAGGUGGGCACGCAGGCCAUCGAGCGGGCACCCUCCUACCUGGAGAUCUUUGGGCGAACCAUGCAGGUGAACAUGACCCGGCCCCGCUGGUUCGACUUCCCCUUCACCAGGGAGGAGGCUCUGCAGGCCGACAAGAAACUCUCCAUCUUCUUCGGAGCGUCAGUUGACCCGGCUGGUGUCACUAUGCUGGACUCUAUAAAGAUCUAUGGUAAAACCAAGGAGCAAUUUGGCUGGCCUGACGAGCCCCCCGAGGACUUCCCCUCGGCCUCCGUCAACAACGUGUGCUCUCCCAACCUCAACACCGGCAACGGCACCGGCGAAGGGGACAUCGCCGCGCCAGCCUCCACCGGCGGCACCGUGCUGGAGAGGUUGGUGGUGAGCUCCCUGGAAGCUCUAGAGAGCUGUUUUGCUAUGGGCUCCUCCAAUGAAAAGGAGAAGAACAAGGCUGCGGCGUUGGAGUUAGCGACCCUUCUCCUGUCCAUGGCUACUCCCCCUGGGGUCCAGCAACAGACCAAGGGCCUCCUGGCCAGCCUGCACACCAGCCGUACGGCCUACCACAACCACAAGGACCAGUCCCUGUUGAGCAACGCGGUGCAGUGUCUGAACAGCUGUAGUCGUGACAGCAGAGACCUGGACCCUGAGUUGUUCCAGCGACUGGUGAUCACGGCACGCUGCAUCGCCAUCAUGAGACCCAGUAACCUGGUGCACUUCACUGAGACCAAACCUUCUAGUGUUGAUACAGAGAUGACUGAGGAGGGCCAGAAACAGAUGGACAGUGAGGGAUGUAACUUCAUCAUGCAGCUGGUCAAUAACUUCUGGAAGCUCCAUGCCCUCAAACCAAAGAAUGCUUUCCUGGCCCCUGCCUGUCUGCCAGGUCUGACCCACAUUGAAGCUACAGUGAAUGCCUUGGUGGACAUCAUCCAUGGGCUCUGUACCUGUGAGCUGGACUACAUUAACGUGGCCUCCAAGAUCUACAUGCAGAUGCUCCUGUGUCCCGACACGUCUGUUAGCUUCGCCUGUAAGCAGGCCCUGAUCCGAGUACUCCGACCCAGGAACAAACGCCGUCACGUGACUCUUCCUUCUCCCCCUCGCUCCAACACACCCAUGGGAGACAAAGACGAUGAUGAUGAGGAUGAUGUUGAUGACAAGAUGCAGCCGUCGGGGCUGACUGGAGGAGAGGGGGGCAGGCAGGAGAGUCAAGAGCAGGGUGAGGUCGACCAUGGCGACUUUGAGAUGGUGUCUGAGUCCAUGGUUCUGGAGACGGCGGAGAAUGUGAACAAUGGAAACCCAUCUCCCCUGGAGGCUCUUCUGGCCGGGGCCGAGGGCUUCCCCCCGAUGCUGGACAUCCCCCCAGACGCGGACGACGAGACCAUGGUGGAGCUGGCCAUCGCACUGAGUCUCCAGCAGGACCAGCAAGGCAGCAGCAGCAGUGCCCUCGGUCUCCAGUCUCUCGGUCUGUCAGGUCAGGCUCCCAGCUCUUCUUCUCUGGACGCAGGCACCCUGUCAGACACCACCGCAUCAGCCCCAGCAUCAGACGACGAGGGGAGUACAGCCGCCACGGACGGUUCUACGCUACGGACCUCUCCGGCCGAGCACGGGGGCAGCGUGGGGUCAGAGAGCGGGGGGUCUGCCAUCGACUCAGUGGCAGGAGAACACAGUGUGUCGGGCCGCAGCAGUGCGUACGGGGACACGACCGUUGAGGGCCACCCAGCAGGACCAGGUAGUGUGAGCUCCAGCACAGGGGCCAUCAGCACCACCACAGCCCAGCAGGAGGGAGAUGGAUCGGACGGAGACGCAGAGACAGAGGGGGACAUCCACACCAGCAACAGACUCCACACGGUGCGUCUGAUGCUGCUGGAGCGACUCCUACAGCACCUGCCCCAGCUGGACAGUGUAGGAGGAGUCCACGCUAUCCCUUACAUGCAGGUGGUCCUGAUGCUGACCUCUGACCUGGAUGGAGAAGAUGACAAGGACAAGGGAGCUCUGGACGACCUGCUGGCUCUACUCAUCGCCGAGUUGGGCAUGCACAAGAAGGACGUGUCCAAGAAGAACGAGCGCAGCCCCAUCAAUGAGGUCCAUCUGGUCAUCAUGAGACUGCUCUCUGUGUUCAUGUCCAGAACCAAGUCUGGAUCGAAGUCUUCCUCUGAGUCGUCCUCUCUGAUCUCCAACGCCACGGCCACAGCCCUGCUCAGUCAGGGGGCGAUAGACUACUGUCUCCACGUCCUCAAGUCUCUGCUGGAGUUCUGGAAGAGCCAGCAGGAAGAGGAGGAGUCUGUGGCAGCCUCCCAGCUCCUCAAACCUCACACCUCCUCCUCUCCUCCGGACAUGAGCCCCUUCUUCCUGAGGCAGUACGUCAAGGGUCAUGCUGCUGAUGUGUUUGAGGCCUACUCCCAACUUCUGACUGAGAUGGUUCUGAGAUUACCUUAUCAGAUCAAGAAGAUCGCUGACACCAACCCCCGCAUCCCGCCUCCUGUCUUCGACCACUCCUGGUUCUACUUCCUGUCUGAGUACCUGAUGAUUCAGCAGACGCCCUUCGUGAGGCGGCAGGUCAGGAAGCUGCUCCUGUUCAUCUGUGGUUCUAAGGAGAAGUACCGUCAGCUCCGGGACCUGCACACGCUGGACUCUCACGUCCGCGGCAUCAAGAAGCUCCUGGAAGAACAGGGCAUCUUCCUCCGCGCCGGCGUCGUCACGGCAACCUCCGGCUCCGCCCUGCAGUACGACACGCUCAUUAGUCUGAUGGAGCACCUGAAGGCCUGUGCUGAGAUAGCCACCCAGAGGACCAUCAACUGGCAGAAGUUCUGUAUGAAGGAUGACUCCAUACUAUACUUCCUACUACAGGUCAGCUUCCUGGUAGAUGAGGGAGUGUCUCCGGUGCUCCUCCAGCUGCUGUCCUGUGCUCUGUGUGGCAGCAAGGUCCUGGCUUCCUCUUCCUCCUCUUCCUCCGGAGGAGGGUCUGGGGGCACUGGGACUCAGUCCUCUCAGAGCAAGUCCUCAAGCAAGAAGAGCAAAAAGGAGGACAAGGAGAAAGACAAAGAAGGUGACGGUGUGGGUAGCCAGGAGGACCAGCUGUGUACUGCUCUGGUCUCUCAGCUCAACAAGUUUGCCGACAAAGAGACUCUCAUUCAGUUCCUCCGCUGCUUCCUGCUCGAGUCCAACUCCUCCGCCGUGCGCUGGCAAGCCCACUGUCUCGCACUGCAUAUCUACAGAAACUCCAGUAAGUCUCAACAGGAGCUGCUGUUGGACCUGACCUGGGCCAUCUGGCCAGAGCUGCCCGCCUAUGGGCGCAAGGCCGCUCAGUUUGUAGACCUGCUCGGCUACUUUUCCCUGAAGACACCCCAGACCGAGAAGAAGUUGAAGGAGUAUUCCCAGAAAGCUGUGGAAAUCCUGAGGACCCAGAACCACAUUCUGACCACCCACCCCAACUCUAACAUCUACAGUACUCUGUCAGGUCUGGUGGAGUUUGAUGGGUUCUACCUGGAGAGUGAUCCCUGUCUGGUGUGCAACAACCCUGAAGUGCCCUUCUCUAACAUCAAGCUGUCGUCCAUCAAGGUGGACACCAGAUACACUACUACCCAGCAGGUGGUCAAGCUGAUCAGCAGUCACACCAUCAGUAAGGUGACGGUGAAGAUAGGAGACCUGAAGAGGACCAAGAUGGUCCGGACCAUCAGCCUCUACUACAACAAUAGGACUGUACAGGCCAUCGUAGAGCUCAAGAACAAACCGGCCCGUUGGCACAAGGCCAAGAAGGUCCAACUGACUCCAGGUCAGACAGAGGUCAAAAUCGACCUGCCGCUGCCUAUUGUGGCGUCCAACCUCAUGAUCGAGUUCUCCGACUUCUACGAGAACUACCAGGCGUCCAGUGAGACGCUCCAGUGCCCGCGAUGCUCUGCCUCCGUGCCCGCCAACCCUGGUGUCUGUGGCAACUGUGGAGAAAACGUCUACCAGUGUCACAAGUGCAGGUCCAUUAAUUAUGAUGAGAAGGAUCCGUUCCUGUGUAACGCCUGUGGUUUCUGUAAAUACGCCCGCUUCGACUUCAUGUUGUACACCAAGCCCUGCUGUGCUGUGGACCCAAUAGAGACCGAGGAGGACAGGAAGAAGGCGGUGACCAACAUCAACACGCUGCUGGACAAGGCCGACCGCGUGUACCACCAGCUAAUGGGGCACAGACCUCAGCUGGAGAGUCUGCUGUCAAAGGUCAACGAGGCAGCGCCUGAGAAACCACAGGAUGAUUCUGGAGCAGGGGCGGGGCUUGGAGCGUCCUCGGCCAAUGUGAACAGGUACAUCCAGCAGCUGGCUCAGGAGUACAGCGGGGACUGUAAGACUUCCUUUGACGAGCUCUCCAAGAUCAUACAGAAAGUCCUGGCGUCCCGUAAAGAGCUCCUGGAGUACGACCUGCAGCAGCGUGAAGCCGCCACCAAGUCCUCUCGCUCCAGCUCCCAUCAGCCCACCUUCACAGCCAGCCAGUACAGAGCCCUCUCUGUGUUAGGCUGCGGACACACCUCCUCCAACAAGUGUUAUGGCUGUGCCUCGGCCGUGACUGGUCACUGCAUCACCCUGCUAAGAGCCCUGGCCACCAACCCAGCCCUCCGCCAGAUCCUGGGGCUCCAGGGGCUCAUCAGAGAGCUGUUUGAGUACAACCUGAGGAGAGGCACCUCUGCCAUGAGAGAGGAGGUCAGACAACUGGUUUGCCUGCUCACCAGAGACCAGCCAGAGGCCACUCAGCAGAUGAAUGACCUGAUCAUUCACAAGGUGUCCGCUGCUCUGAAGGGCCACUGGGCCAAUCCUGACCUGGUCUCCAGUCUGCAGUAUGAGAUGCUACUGCUCACCGACUCCAUCUCCAAGGAAGGGGGCUGCUGGGAGCUACGACUGCGAUGUGCCCUGAGUCUGUUCCUGAUGGCCGUGAACAUCAAGACCCCUGUGGUGGUGGAGAACAUUACUCUGAUGUGUCUCAGGAUCCUACAGAAACUCAUCAAGCCCCCUGCCCCCACCUCCAAGAAGAACAAGGAUUCUGCUGUGGAGUCUCUGACUACAGUGAAGCCCUACUGCAAUGAGAUCCAUGCUCAGGCCCAGCUCUGGCUCAAGAAGGACCCCAAAGCAUCGUAUGAAGCCUGGAAAAAGUGCCUUCCAGCAAGAUGCCAGGAGACGGCGUCCAAGCCCCAGAACAAGGCCGAGGUGCGGAGGCGUUACCUGAUGGAGAAGUAUGUGUGGAAGUGGAAACAGUUCAUGAGGUCACGCUCCGAGGGUCUGUUCCCUCGGCUCCUCAAACUGGGACACAACAAUUGGCUCAGACAGGUGCUGUUCACCCCAGCCACCCAGGCAGCGCGGCAGGCAGCCUGUACCAUCGUUGAGGCCCUCACCUCCAUCCCCAGCCGCAAGCAGCAGGUGCUGGACCUGCUUACCAGUUACCUGGAUGAGUUGAGCAUCGCGGGGGAAUGUGCAGCUGAGUAUCUGGGUCUGUACCAGAAGCUCAUCAAGCCUCCUCAAUGGAAGGUGUACCUGGCUGCCCGAGGAGUCCUGCCCUACAUCGGAAACCUCAUCACCAAGGAAAUAGCCAACCUGUUGGCUCUGGAAGAGGCCACGCUCAGCACAGACCUGCAGCAGGGAUACGCCCUCAAGAGCUUGACUGGCCUACUGUCGUCCUUUGUGGAGGUGGAGUCCAUCAAGCGUCACUAGAGUCGUCUGGUGGGCACGGUGCUUAAUAUGAUCUACCUGUGUCUCAGGAAACUAGUGGUGCAGAGGACCAAGCUCAUCGACGAGACCCAGGACAUGCUGCUGGAGAUGCUGGAGGACAUGACCACAGGGACCGAGUCUGAGACCAAGGCCUUCAUGGCUGUGUGUAUUGAGACAGCCAAGAGAUACGACCUGGAUGACUACAGAACACCGGUGUUCAUCUUUGAGAGACUCUGCAGCAUCAUCUACCCGGAGGAAAACGAGGUGACAGAGUUCUUUGUUACCCUGGAGAAGGAUCCUCAGCAGGAGGACUUCCUGCAAGGCCGUAUGCCUGGUAAUCCGUACAGCAGCAACGAGCCAGGUAUCGGACCCCUGAUGAGGGACAUCAAGAACAAGAUCUGUCAGGACUGUGACCUGGUGGCCCUGCUCGAGGACGACAGUGGCAUGGAGCUUCUGGUGAACAAUAAGAUCAUAAGUUUGGACCUGCCUGUGGCCGAGGUUUACAAGAAGGUGUGGUGCCCUACCAACGAGGGAGAGCCCAUGAGGAUCAUAUAUCGUAUGAGGGGUCUCCUUGGAGACGCUACUGAAGAGUUCAUCGAGUCUCUGGACUCUACCACAGAUGAAGAGGAGGAUGAGGAGGAGGUGUAUAAGAUGGCAGGAGUGAUGGCUCAGUGUGGGGGGCUGGAGUGUAUGCUCAGCAGACUGUCUGGCAUCAGGGACUUCAAACAGGGAAGACACCUGCUCACUGUGCUGCUGAAGCUGUUCAGUUACUGUGUGAAGGUAAAGAUCAACAGACAACAGUUGGUCAAACCAGACAUGAACACGCUCAACGUCAUGCUGGGCACACUCAACCUGGCGUUGGUUGCAGAGCAGGAGAGUAAGGACAGUGGAGGAGCGUCCAUAGCAGAGCAGGUCCUCAGCAUCAUGGAGAUCAUUCUGGAUGAGGCCAACGCUGAGAUCUCAGAGGACAAGGGUAACCUGUUGUUAACAGGAGACAAGGACCAGCUGGUGAUGCUGCUGGACCAGAUCAACACUCCGUUUGUCCGUUCCAACCCCAGCGUCCUGCAGGGUCUCCUACGUAUCAUACCCUACCUGUCUUUUGGAGAACUGGAGAAGAUGAGGAUCCUAGUGGAGAGAUUUAAACCGUGCUGCAGCUUCGACAAGUACGAUGAAGAGCAUAGUGCCGAUGACAAGGUCUUCAUCGACUGCUUCUGUAAGAUCACUGCUGGCAUCAAGAACAACAGCAAUGGACACCAACUCAAAGACCUGAUACUGCAGAAAGGGAUCACACAGAGUGCCCUGGACUAUAUGAAGAAACACAUCCCCAACGCCAAAAAUCUGGAUGCCGACGUGUGGAAGAAGUUCCUGUCUCGUCCAGCUCUACCCUUCAUCCUCAGACUGCUCCGAGGCCUGGCCACCCAGCACCCACCUACACAGAUGCUAAUCGGGACAGACUCCAUCACGAACCUUCACAAGUUGGAGCAGGUGUCUAGUGACGAGGGUAUUGGGACACUGGCAGAGAACCUUCUGGAGGCGCUGAGGGAGCACGCGGAGGUCAACCUGAAGAUAGAUGCCGCUCGCAGGGAGACACGGGCCGAGAAGAAACGCAUGGCCAUGGCCAUGAGACAGAAAGCUCUGGGGACACUGGGCAUGACGACCAAUGAGAAGGGCCAGGUGGUGACCAAGACGUCGUUGUUGAAACAGAUGGAGGAGCUGAUAGAGGAGCCAGGACUGACCUGCUGCAUCUGUAGAGAGGGAUACAAGUUCCAGCCGACCAAGGUGCUGGGGAUCUACACCUUUACGAAGCGCGUGGCCCUGGAGGACUUGGAGAACAAGCCUCGCAAGCAGCAGGGAUACAGCACUGUGUCACACUUUAACAUAGUCCACUAUGACUGCCACCUCGCAGCUGUCAGGCUUGCUCGCGGGCGGGAGGAGUGGGAGAGUGCUGCGCUGCAGAACGCCAACACCAAGUGCAAUGGACUGCUUCCUGUCUGGGGGCCUCACGUCCCAGAAUCGGCUUUCGCCACCUGCCUGGCCAGGCACAACACAUAUCUGCAGGAAUGUACGGGGCAGAGAGAGCCCACCUACCAGCUCAACAUCCACGACACCAAGCUCCUGUUCCUGCGUUUCGCCACGGAGCAGUCCUUUAGCGUGGAUACGGGAGGGGGAGGACGAGAGAGCAACAUCCACCUCAUCCCUUACAUCAUCCACACCGUGCUCUACGUCCUCAACACUACUCGGGCUACCAGUCGUGAGGAGAAGAACCUGCAGUGUUUCCUGGAGCAGCCGUGUGAGAAGUGGGUGGAGAGCAGCUAUGAUGUGGACGGCCCCCACUACUACACAGUGUUGGCCAUGCACAUCCUGUCUCCCGAACGCUGGAGGAGCACACGACUCACCUUCCUACGCAGGCUCCUCGUCUCCGUGCACGCACGCAAGGUCUCCGCCGUCUUCACCAACAAACUCCCAGAUAAACAGUCUAAGGAAUAUGCAGUGUAUCGGUCUCCUCUUCUCUUCUGGGGUCUCGUGGAACUCAUCUAUGACAUGUUCAGGAAAGUACCCACGAGCAACACGGAGGGAGGCUGGUCCUUCUCGCUGGCAGAGUACGUGCGGCACAAUGACAUGCCCAUCUACGAGGCCUCGGAGCGGGUGCUCAAGUCCUACCAGGAAGAGCUGAUGCCCGCCGAAUCCUUCUCCGAGUUCCUGGAUGUCGUUGGGCUCCUCUCUGACAUUCCGGACCCAGACCUCUUCCUGCAAGACCUGUUGAACUCUGUUCCCUGAUGGUAGUCAGUACCACCCUGCCCCCGAGACAAGAGCCCCACGAUGGGGGACGACGAGGGCCCACACAUUGGUCCUGCUAACGACACCUCCAUGGGACAACUCUCAACCGGAAAACCCUCGCUCCCCAACUUCUCCCUAGCUUUCUGUCACACACACACACACACACACACACACACACACACACACACACACACACACACACACACACACACACACACACACACACGUAUACCGUAACAGAGACACACACACACGCAUACUGUAACAGACACACACACACCUGUUUCCUAGUCUCCACCAGAGGUUUGAUCCUCUGCAUCAUAUUCCAACUGUCUCUUGAAGCAGAUCUUGUAUGUGCUGUCUGAGUCAGGAGUCAGUUGGUGCAUUUAUGACCAUGUUGCUGUAACAUUUAAUACACACAGUAAACAAACCCCAUGCUUCUCUCAAAUAUUACCCACAAAAAAAAUGUCUGGGUUGCAAAUCUUCAAGUAACUAAAAAAAAAAAUGUUUAAAAAAACUUCUUUAAAAAAAAACAACAACAUUGUUUUGAGAUUCGAUCGCAGUGUAUUAAGACCUGUGUUUUUCUUUGUUUUGUUUUUAAGAAGUUUAAGAUGAGCUCUUUUUGUUUUCGUUUGUCAUGACAAUUUAUUUGGUGUUUUCAAAAACGGAGGCAGGAAGGAAAGCUUCACAGUAGGAUCUUGAAUUAAAAUAAACUGACCGUGUUGUCAGAUACUAUUCUCCUGACUUACCCUGGGUGCCAGAUCUCUCUGUGCUGACAGUAGAUCUGGAAGGAAAAUGUACUCAUGUAGGGUUGGUUUCUCUUCUCCGGUGACAAGAAUCAGAUAAAAUUAGAAAAGAACAACAACUGAAAUCGAUCUGUUUGAGCCCUCCCUCCAUCCCUCCCCGGUAACUCGAGUUCUAAUAAUCCUGAUUGGUUAUUCAUGCUCCAAUGAAACGUCACCAUUUUACGACAUUGUCCCAAAAUGAAUAAUAACUAACAAUAAAAAACGGGGCCUUUGCAUUCGAAACACUUCUCUCUCAUUAUGGUGUUAUGUUUUCUGGUUGAUUUAUUUUUUGUUGUUGUUGUUUCUGGUAAAGCAAAGGUGUCGCUGAGUUCUUCAAACCUUGAUGAUUUAAAUGGAUUAAUUACAUCUCUUUAAUAUAUAGACGCCCGCGUCCAUCGCGACACGUGAAAACGGAGUCUUCAGAGCUGAUGGUGUGGAGUUUAAACAUUUUAAAAUAGCCCAAUUUAUAGUGUUACUUUCUCUCGUCGGCCUAUUACCGCUGCUACAAUGUUCAACUGUUGCUGAAUGUCUGCUUUUUGGGGGGGUUAGCAAUGAUUAAUAAAGUCGUGAUAGUAAUUCCACAUCCA